AUAGGGAAGAAAAUAAAUUAGAAGAAAGUGAUGGCGAUGAGAGACUUGGUAACCGGUGCUCCAAGUUGUGGGGAAACAUCAUCUUCUAAUAAUCCACUUGGUGCUCUUGCUAACGCACUUGUCGGCUCUUCAUCUAAAACUCAGGAAAGGCUCAAAGAGAUCCCUACAUCAGUAAAUACAUCAUCCAAUGGCAACUUCCUUGGGGGUGUUGAACAACCAUUGGUCUCACUUCCAGGAUCAGAGUUUGAACAUCCACUUCAGCCUAAUAUUCAGGGUUCCCAAUUCCUUCAAGGAUUUCGUUCUGCAGAUCAAAAUAGGCUGUCUGAUGCUUGGGAUGAGAUACAAAGGCCUCAACUUCCUUUCGCUCAUGGAGGUCAGAACAUGACAAAUACCCCUUUGGAGCAUGCCCGGCUUCAACCAGAUUUGAAUGGGCCUCCACAACAAGUUUUGUCCAGCUUUCUGCACUCGUUUGUCAACAGCAGUCAUGGUGGGGUUCCGUUUCGUCCUGCUUCACUGCCAUUAUUAGGUUUAUCAGAAGGUGACAAGCAAUGCAUACGUGACCGUAGCACUAUCAUGGCCCGGCAUUUUUUUGCUGAUAAAAGUGAAGACUUCAUACAUGGACAGGUUAAUGCUCUAUUAUCAUCUUUAGAAAUUGAUAAUCAUGUUAGGGCAAGGGGCCCGGUGCCUGGAAGAUAUCCUGAGCUUGAGGAGUAUUGGAAUGAGUCCUUAGCUAUGAAACCUGCCCCUCAUGUUGCAGAUGGAUGGAUUAAUGAGUUUGCACAGAACCGAGUAGGACAUGCUGACCCCAAUUCUUGGGUCCAAUCAUUUGAACAACAACAUGGUGCUAAUGGCUGGGCAUCUGAAUUUGAGCAUGAGCAAUCCCAACUUGGAAUGAUUGGUCAAAUGAGAGGUGCAAAUAUUCCUAACCUAGCAGCCAUGGAGCAAACACGUAUGUUGGCUCACACAUUAGCUCAAAACAAUGACCCGAAAUUUCAGAAUUCCAAAUUUCUCCAAUUUGUAUCCAAGAUGAGUCGUGGUGAAAUUACUAUUGAAGAAAAUCAAUUCAAGCCUGCUGUUUCUUCUGGGGAUUGGGCAGCAGAAUAUGAACAACAGCAUAAUGGAGGUCAAACAUGGGCUGACCAGUUUGCACAUGAGGAGCUUUCUCGUGGACCACAAGGGUGGGUGAAUGAGUUUUCUGCUGAACGUGAGCAGCAUGGAGAUGUAAAUAACGAGUGGGUAAAUGAAUUUUCAAAGUUGAACGUGAAUGAUGAUUGGGCGGAUGAAUUUGGGCGUCAAAUUGCCGAAGGAGCGUUUGGUGAAACCGCUGCUGAUGGCUGGGCAGAGGCUUAUGAUGAGUAUAUGAACGAGCAAGCUGCUCUCAAGCAGCAAUCAGACGCGUCAAGGGGAGUUUAUGUGUUCUCUGAUAUGAACCCUUAUGUUGGUCAUCCUAACCCUCUAAAAGAAGGGCAAGAACUGUUCCGGAAGGGUCUCUUAAGUGAAGCAGUUCUUGCUUUGGAGGCUGAAGUCUUGAAGAACCCUGAAAAUGCUGAGGGUUGGAGGUUACUUGGCAUAGCACAUGCUGAAAACGAUGAUGAUCAACAGGCUAUAGCUGCUAUGAUGCGGGCACAGGAGGCUGAUCCCGCAAAUCUGGAAGUUCUUCUCUCCCUUGGAGUAAGUCAUACAAAUGAGCUGGAGCAACAAGCUGCAUUGAAGUAUUUGUAUAGUUGGUUACGCCACCACCCGAAGUAUGGGAGUAUUGCCCCUCAGGAACAGCCUGCUUCUUUCUAUCAUGCUGAUGUAGCUAGAUUGUUUACGGAUGCAGCUCAAAUGGCACCUGAGGAUGCUGACGUACACAUAGUACUUGGGGUGUUAUACAAUCUAUCAAGAGAAUAUGACAAAGCUAUUGAGUCUUUUAAGACAGCACUAGAGCUCAAACCUAGGGACUACUCACUCUGGAAUAAGCUUGGUGCAACACAAGCUAAUAGUGUCCAGAGUGCUGAUGCAAUAAUGGCUUAUCAGCAGGCGCUAGAUAUAAAGCCUAACUAUGUACGUGCAUGGGCUAACAUGGGCAUCAGUUAUGCCAACCAGGGUAUGUAUGAGGAUUCCAUCCGUUAUUAUGUCAGAGCACUAGCAAUGAAUCCCAAGGCGGAUAACGCCUGGCAAUAUUUGAGAAUAUCUCUGAGCUGUGCAUCUCGAAAUGAUAUGUUGGAAGCAUGUGACUCGCGGAAUCUUGAUGUUCUCCAGAAGGAAUUUCCCCUGUGAUAUACAUUGCGCUUUAGGAAAGUUGGAUUUCCCUCUUCUUUAGAGCAUACAACACGAUUCACACCCUCGUUAGCCUUGUGAACUUGAUUUGCAUUAUUAUAUUCGCUGCUUUUGUCCCUCAACGCCUGCAAGCCUAUGUUAUUUAUCCCCUUGAGAUUAGAAGAUCAAGCAUCCAUUUCACCACAAAAUUAACCCGGAUUUGAUUAUGGUCUGGAGCUAGCAUAUUGUCAAAAUUAUUCGUCCAGAAGUAUUCUGUCAUAUUGUAUUGUAGAAAUAACAAUGUAAUGAAUAAUAAACUUUUGAGAAGGUGGGGUGGAUACAAAGCUGCAAAGAGAGCAGAAAUGUAAUAACAAGCGAUGUAUAAUUGUACAA